UUUUAUGUUGAAAACCCCUCACAGGAAGCAUGUUGCGGCUUCGCGCGCGCUCAGAGAGCAGCGAUUAGCAAAGUGACAAUAACGUUUUCUUCAAGAUGUCUGGUGAUCUGGACCGGACUCCCCGGUCUCUGCUGGUCUGUGAUCGAUCCAGUUUCCUGAAUGAGAAGAACCGGCUGAGUUCUCAGGUGGAGCAGCUGCACUUCAACUACAAGGUGUCUGUGCUGCUGCCUGAGUGUAGCUCCGCCCCCUCUCACCUGGACGCUGCAUUCAACAGUUUCAGCAGUUUCUACCUGAUCAGGGAGCUGCCGAUACACGAACUGCUGGAAAAACACUUCCUGGAGACCGCCGUGUACCAGGGUAGUGUGUAUGGCGUGUCGUACGGGACCAGGAUCGAUGAAGACAACUGCGUCGCUCUGAUGCCAAACGGUCAGCUGUCUCUCUCUCUGGAUAAAGACUCCUUUGAGUUGUUGGGAGUUGAAGGGAAACCGUCCAGAUUCAACCACAGAACAAACUGCAGAUUCGUAGUAUCUAUAGAUUUGACUGACAGCAGCAUGGCUCCUGGUGGGCGGGGCUACCAGAGACUCGUCACAGGUCUGACGUCGCGGCUUCGACUGAAGGCCGACUUCCUGCUGUCGCAUCAUCCAGGGGGCGGAGCCUCUCUGCAGCCCCUCCUGUCUCGUUACGAUUGGUCGGAGCACAGGCCUGAGGUCAGCAGCCGCACUCUGACAGACCUGUCCUGCCCCGCCCUGCUGACCUCUGACCUGCAGUCACGUGACCCUCACGGCUUCCUGGAGUGGCUCGGAGCCGUGGACGCCCACGUCGGCUGCGAGAACUCGUCCAGCAGCUUCCUGUCCUCGCUGGUCUGUCCCGAGCCGAAGACGACGGCGAGCCGAGCUCUGAGCGUCUCGGUCUGCGGACUGCUGCUUCCUCAGGACGUCCACCGACUCAUCCAGCAGAUCAGGCGUUACCUGGAGCAGCCCCGGUUGGAGUCCUGGGCGUCGCUGACGGUUCAUGGUUUUGUUGACAGUCCGGUGUCGUGGGGGGGCAGCGAACACGGAGUCCUGAGAGGAGGAGAGAACUUCUACAGUCUGCUGAUGCUGCCCGACCACACCUACCACCUACACCUGGCUACGGGAGCACACGACACCUGUCCGCCGUGACGUCAUCAGCUGGCGGUUUCAGCGCCGUUACUUGAGCUCUUUAACUCUUUGGACCGGUUCUGUUUAGCUGUAUAAACCUGUUUCAGGUCAGUCUGGAUUCAAACGCCUCAAACUCAAAUAUUUUAGAAGAAAAAUUUCAUUUGAGUUGAAAAAAACAAAUUUCCAAAAUAUUAUUUUGCUUGAUUUCGAUCUGAAGCAGACGUUCAGGUAAACACAACGUUUCUGCUUCCUGUUAACCUUCUCGUGACCUCAGACUGAUCUUGUGACUCUUUGCGGGGCAGCGACCCUCAGGUUGGGAACCGCUGGCAUUCAGUUAUUACGUGACCUUGUGUUUUGUACGGAUCAUGUUGUUUUAGGACACGGAGCUCGUUUUCAUUUCUGAUCUGAAAACAAUAAAUAUUCUGUUUCUUUUCA